GCUUCCUGCUCUGUUAGCAUGACAGCGGUUGCUAUGGCAGCGGAGAACGCGGCUCGGCUCAGCGUGGAGUGUGAUUGUCCCGGUCCGCCGUCUCCAUGUCCUCGUACCCCGAAGCCCCGCGUAGAACCGGCGUGCCCAGAGAUGUGCUCCGGUGGUUGCAGAGCCUGGAUCUGAGCGUCUCUCCUAAAAACUUCCGGAGAGACUUUUCAAAUGGUUUCAUCACAGCUGAGAUCUUCUAUUGGUAUUAUCCAGAAGACAUACAGUUGCAUUCAUUCGACAAUGGGACAUCUCUAGCUACAAAAUUAGGCAACUGGUCACAGCUAGAGAAGUUUUUCUUAAAAAGGAAUUUGAACCUUUCCAAAGAAUUAAUUGAUGGAACAAUUCAUAGCAAACCUGGAGCAGCAGAACUAUUGUUACAAGAAAUUUAUGUCAUGCUGACAAAUAGGAGGAUUAAAACUCUCCAGGAUAACGAAGUGGACUUUACUGAUAGAAAUUAUCAAGACAAGCUGCCUAUGGUGGCCAGAUCUACAGCGACAAAGGCAGUAAAGAGCAAUAUAACCCUAAGUGAGACCCUGGCUGAGCCAGACAUCAUCAUCAACCAACAGAAAGUUCAGGCUGUCAUUGACUUGCAUUUGUUGCAGAGACAGCAGGAGAGAAUUGAUGACCCAAGACGGUUUAAUGUGAAACCAUCAGUGGGUGAGCUUGCCCUCCGUAUCCCACCACCGCCUGAUAAUCCUGGCAGUGAAAGCAGCCUGUCCAACAGAUCAGCAUCAUCUUUGUCCUCUUCCUCCAGCAUUCGAAGCAAAUCAAAUGUGAACUUCAAAGAAAUUCAAGUCAAGCAAGGAGAUAGAAGUUAUGUGUCCUCCAGUAUGACCUCUACAGCAUCAUCCUCUGCAUUAAGCACAUCCUAAGCGGAAACAUGUGUAUACGAGUCUAUCCCAAUGUGAUUUGUGUCCUUAUCAUUAGACAGUGUGGUGUCUUCUGUUAAAUAAAAUACCAUUACUUAAAUGAUUUAUUAAUCAUUUUCAUAAAAUACCAUGACUAGAUCGAAAGCAUAAUACACAACUUAUGGUGUUUCAGAACCUGCGUUGUAAGUUUUGUUGGCUCUUGUGACAUUCAGUAAUAAAUUGUAUCUGAAUCA